AUGAUAGACCACAGAAACGAUACCAGCGCAGAUCGCGAUCACAGCUCCAACAAUAAGCACAUUGACCACGAGACAACACUUUUAUCCCAAGAGCAAUCAUUUGGUGGUCUAGGAGGAACUGAGCAUCUCUCCAAAGCGGAGAACGUCCCCAAUCAGCCCGCAACGACCCGCAGAGAGCUCUGGUCCUACUAUCUGUACUACAAUGGCGACAAUGGGGUGGGUCCGGGCUCUUAUACUCAGACACUCUUUCAAUGGGCGUUGAACGGCGCUGGCUGGCAACCAGACACCAAUCCACGCAAAGCAUGUACAGACAAUUCGCCGUGUGUAGUUCCAUGGGCUGGAGGUACUCGCUCCGUCUCCUCUGUUGUUCUGAUCGCCAAUGGGCUGAGCUUCACAUUCAUGACGGUGACAUUCGUCUGGCUCGGAAGUGCAGCUGAUUACGGCUCCUUCGGACGCUGGUUGCUGCUGGUAUUGACCGUGAUCUGCUGGGCUAUGCAAUACAGCAUGAUGUCAGUUCGACAUCCCAGCCAAUGGCCUACAGCAAUGGGUCUUUACGUGAUUUCGUACGUUGCGUAUGGUGCAACACUAGUCUUUUAUGCAGCUGUAUUUCCCAGGCUCGCGCGCCAUAUGCCGCAUGUUCGAAAAGCCCGCGAGGAUUUGAAGGAAGGAAAGCUCAGCCAGCAGGAGUACGAUGCUGUUGAGUCGUUGGAACGGAACCAUAUCAGCAAUGUUUCGACAGCACACAGCAACAUCGGAUACUUGGCAGUGCUGGUCCUGAAUCUAAGCGUGCUUUUGCCACUUCGGGACAACUCUUUCUCGAAUAAUCUUGCGCUCUGCUUGACGAACUCAUAUUGGGUGAUUCUAGGAAUCUGGUGGUUUAUCUUCCAGCAGAAACGACCCGGACCCAGGGUUCCCGAGGGGUCAAGCUACGCGACCAUUGGAUUCAAGCAGAUUUGGCUCGCCUUGCGUAAGGUCCGGGCUUUACCCCAAACCUUCCUCUACUUCGUGGCGUACUUCCUUCUCGCAGACGGGCUCAACACCACCGGGACUCUCGUAUCGAUCAUCCAGAACGAUUUCGUCGCAUUCUCCUUCCUCCAAGUCACAUACCUAGGCAUAACCCAAGCAGCAUGCUCAAUCGCUUCCACUUUCGGCUUCUGGUACAUCCAAAACUACUUCCAGAUCCGCACAAAGCGCAUGUUCCUCAUCACGAACUUCUUUACCGUGCUCAUUCCAUUUUGGGGAAUGUUGGGCUUGUGGACUAAGCGCAUCGGAUAUCACCACCGGUGGGAGUUCUAUCUCUACAACGUCAUCUUCGGUCUCUUCCAAGCUCCAUAUUACGCCUACGCCCAAACAAUGAUCAGCGAGCUCAUGCCCCCAGGCUACGACAACAUGUUCUUCGCUCUCUUCGGAAUUACGAACCGCGCGUCCUCUAUCAUCGGCCCGAACGUCGUGCAGGCGAUUAUCAAUGAUACGCGGAAUAACUGGAUGGGAUUCCCGUUUCUGUUUGCGAUCUGUGCGGCGGCGAUGGUGGCUAUUAUGUUUGUGGAUGUGGAGAAGGGGAGGGAGGAUGGGAGGCGGUUCAUGGAGGAGCAUGCUGUUGCUUCGGCUUCGAGUGCGGGGGGUGGAGGUAGGGUGGGAACAGGCACGACGGUUAAGGGGCCUGUGAUUAUUAGUACGGAGGAGGGAGAGGGGAGUGGAGUGUCGAGGGGGGGGUAG